AUGUCUGAAGUAGAUGGCAAUAAAUGGACGGCCAGGACUUUUACGCUGUUAAUUCUCGUUUUGGGCUUUGUUGGGUUGGUUUGCACCACAAUUCAUGUGUUAAUUACCAUGAUUGUUUUGGGCUAUAAUCACGGGCACGCUUCUCAUGAGCUGAAGAGAUUCCUUUUAUGUUUUGUAGGAAUUUUUUUAUCUGUUUUGCUGUUUGCAGGUUUGCUGUGUGCUUUGCCAGGACCUUCUCCGGGAAAAACUGAACGGAAGAAGAAAGCAAAAAGGAACGACAACGUCCUGGGCGCCGCCGACUGUUUCUUGUUUCUUACAAUGAUGAUCCUGACGUGGACUUCAAGCACAAGAUAUGGCUUAUCAUAUGAAAUGAAGGUUUUGUUAUAUUGUUCAGUAGAAAUUUCGUUUUGUGUUAUCUUCUUGGAAGUUUUGCUGCAAAACAACCCUAAGGAGUGGGACAAAAUCUUGGGUGCGGAAUGUAGUGACGACAACAACAACAACGUUACAUCAAGGCUUUUGUGGGUUUUGAUUGGGGGUUUGGACUUAUGCAUUGCUUUGUACGAACCAAUUCGGGAUUGGAAGUGUUUGUUGAUGGUGGAUAUCGUGCUCAUUGUCCUAACGAUUUACUUGGUGUUAGCUGAUUCUUAUCGAGCCAACACCAAACACGCCGCAGUUGUUCUCGUCUUUCACUCCAUUGUGACUGUCGUAAUACUUAUCAACCAUAAAGUUUUGUUGCCGGAACUUGUUAGAAUAGUUAUCAACCAUCCUCAACUCGUAUCAGCUGCACUUCCUGCCUUGGCGGGCUUUGUUUUCUGGGUGUAUUCGUUUUUUUCAAUGAAGGCCACCAAGGUCGAGGGCGACGGUGGAUAUGAGAGUUUAGCGUCGACAUUGGUUUAG